AUGAAGAAUCUGAUUGUAUUAAUAACAUUAUUGGUAGUCUGCGUUGUCUGUGUUCAUGGUGCUGCGUAUUGCUACUUUUGUGCGAAUUGUCCUAAUCCAUUCACCCCAGACUCACCAUAUGUUUCAACCGUUAAAGCAAAUACAGGAUUUUGUGCUAAAAAAAGUUAUUCAUCUGAUCCAAAUGCUCCAAAUAGUCGUGGUACUGCUGAACCUGGCCUUUGUGUCGUUAAUGAAUCAACUAAUAAUGAAUUAGAAAAUUUUAAAGCACUUUCAUUAUCUGAAAGUGAAAAUGAAUCAAUAAUAGAUUCAAAUUAUUUAACAAUAACACCUAAUACAACAUUUCCAUCAAUUGAACAUUCAUUAUCAAUAAAAGGUCCAUGUGAAGAUGAUUUUGAAAUAAUUAAAUUAAUAUCAAAUGGUGCAUAUGGUGCUGUUCAUUUAGUAAAACAUCGUCAAACACAAGAACGUUAUGCUAUGAAAAAAGUUUCAAAAACAAAUUUAAUUUUACGUAAUCAAGUUGAACAAGUUUUUGUUGAACGUGAUAUAAUGACAUUUACAGAUAAUCCAUUUGUUGUUGCACUUAUAUGUACAUUUGAAACAAAAAAUCAUUUAUGUAUUGUUAUGGAAUAUGUUGAAGGUGGUGAUGUUGCAACAUUAUUAAAAAAUAUUGGUGGAUCAUUAAAUAUUGAUAUAGCACGAAUGUAUUUUGCUGAAACAACAUUAGCUGUUGAAUAUUUACAUUCAUAUGGAAUUAUUCAUCGUGAUCUUAAACCUGAUAAUCUUUUAAUAACAUCAAUUGGUCAUAUAAAAUUAACUGAUUUUGGUCUAUCAAAAAUUGGUUUAAUGUCAUUAACAACAAAUUUUUAUGAAAAACUUCUUGAUAAAGAAACAAAAACAUUUAAUGAUAAACAAAUAUGUGGUACACCAUCAUAUAUAGCACCUGAAGUUAUUUUACGACAAGGUUAUGGUAAACCUGUUGAUUGGUGGAGUAUGGGAAUAAUGUUAUAUGAAUUUUUAGUUGGUAUACCACCAUUUACAGAUGAAAUUAUUUGUUGUGAUGCAAAAAAUUUAAUUGAACAAUUACUUCAACAUGAUCCAUCAAAACGUUUAUGUACAUUAGGUGGUGCAUAUGAAAUUCGUUCACAUUCAUUUUGUUCAUCAAUUAAUUGGAAUACAUUAUUACGUGAAAAAGCUGAUUUUGUACCUGUUUUAGAAUCACCUGAUGAUACAUCAUAUUUUGAUACAAGACAAGAUCGUUAUAAACAUUUUGAUGAUGAUAAUAAUGAUGAUGAUGAUAAUUUAUCAACAACAACAACAAAUGAUUCUGAUUCAUUAUUUGCAUCAUUUUCAUCUGUUUCAUUAAAAUAUGUUUCAGAAUUAUCGGGAAAUUCUAAACAACGUUAUUCACCUAAACAAGAUAAUAAUGAUUUAAUAUUAACUAAAAAUGUAUUAAGAGCAAAUUCAUGUACAGAUUCAUUUAGUUCAAAUAAUAGUAUUCAAAUUGAUUCAACAAAUAAUUUUCAAUCACUUCUUAUGAGUAAAUCAAUGACAAAUGAGAAAGUUGAAUCACCUACAAAUCAAGCAACAUUUAGUUCGGAUACAUUCGAACCAUUAAAUGUAUCAUCGGAUGAAUCUGAAUCUUCAUCAAAGAUACUUAAUUUAUCUUCAUCUUCUCUUCCAUCAUCUGAAAAGAUGAAAAAUAUAGAUGAGAAGAAAACAACAACAACAUUAACAAAAUCUUAUAAACAACGAAAAAGUUCAUUAAAAGUACUUGAAAAACAAAAUUCAUUUGAUAGUGGUGAUGAUAAUCAACAAGAAAAAAUUUCAUAUCGUCAACAUAAAAAAAGUCGAAUACCUCGAAUAUUAUCACCAAUUAAAUCUCAACAAACAAAUUUAAUAACACCAAUUGUAUCAAUAUCAAAUGAAAAUUUUCAAUAUUCAUCAUCAUCAUCAUCUUAUAAACCAACAAAAUAUAAUAAUCAACAACAAAAAUCUACUUAUCCACGGUCACCUUCAAAAUCAUUUUCAUCAUCAUCAUCAGCAGCAGCAUCAUCACCAUCACCAAUUUUAUAUUAUAAUCAGGAUGAUCGUUCAUAUCGUCAAAAUUAUCGUCAUAAAAUGACUGUUUCUCCACUUGAACGUGAUACAACUCUUAAAAUUGAAAAACAAUCUUCAAAAUUUUCACCAAUACAUUCAAUAACAAAUAGUCUUCGACCACCAAUUAUAAUACGUCGUGAUUCACGUAGUUUUGGUUUUACAUUACGUGCUGUUAAAGUUUUUCAUGGUAAUACAGAUUAUUAUACAACACAACAUGUUGUUAUUGCUGUACAAGGACCAGCUGAAGAAGCUGGUUUAAAACCAAAUGAUGUUAUAACACAUGUUAAUGAACAUCCAGUUUCUGGUUUAUGUCAUUCGGAUGUUAUUAAAUUAAUUCUUAGUGAAUCAGAUAAAUUAUCUAUACGUGCUGUACCUUGUUCAGAAACACAAAUACGUAUUGGUGGUAGACGUCGUUCACCAUCAAAACAAAAAAAUCGUUAUCAACAACAACAACAAACAGAUAGAAAAAUUUCUACAACAUAUAAUGAUAAUCAAUCAUAUUGUUUAAAAUAUCGAAUGAAUUCAUUUGGAAAUAAUAAUAAUAAUAAUAAUAAUAAUACAUUAAAUAAUUCAAAUAAAAAACAUCAACAUAAUACAUCUUUAUUUCGACGUUUAAGCGAAAGAAAAGUAGCUCGUGAUAUUGAAGCAGCAGCUGCUGCUGCUGCUGCUGCAAAUGUUUCAUUAAUUGUUCCAACAAAAUGUAUAAAUACAAAUAAUAAUAAUACAUUGACGGCAACAACAACAACAAAUACAGAUGUUCUUUCAUCUUCAUUACCAUUACUUUCAUUUAAUCAAUUAAUAAAUGAUAAUAAUAAUGAAGGUUCUUUAUCAUCACAUCAUCAAUGUGAUCCUUCACAAUGGUCAUCAUCAAAGCCAUUAACAUUAUUGACUAAUGAUUUAGAUUCAUCUCAAUCGACUUCAUUACCAUCUAUUACUAAACAACGAUCUUUAACUUCAAAUUCAUCUUCGAUCAAACGUGCAUCUACAUUUGACGAACCUAUUCAUCAUUCUCUUUGUAAAACUAUAUCUGAACCAUCUCGUUCACCUCAUCAUAAUAGUACAAAUAACAAUCAAAUGCAAUAUUUGUCACGACAAAAUUAUCAUGAUCAAAAUUAUUUCUAUACACCAGCGAUUUCAUCACAUAAGAAAAAACUUCAACGUCAAAAUUCCAUUUAUAUUCCUCCAUCACCAAGAUCAUUACAAUCAACAUUUACAUGGGAAAAUAAUCUCAAUCGAAAUAUUCAAUCAUAUUAUCAUGAUCCAUUAACACGUUCAUUAUCAACAGAAUCAUCAACAAGUUCAACAUCGACAUCUAAUAAUGUCGAUAAUGAUCUUUCAAAUCCGGUUUUUGUUUCUACAAAAUAUUUCUAUCGACGAAAAUAA